CAGCAUAUGGCCAUUAGUUUAUGCGGGGACUUUAAUGGACUCCGAGGCUCAAGACCUGUCCAUGCGACGUCACCACGCAUUGGCAGGGUUUCCAGUUGAGUAAAACCGCGCCGCAUGACAGCGCGACAGAAGCAGUCUCCAGGGCUCAAUCUCAGACUCGUGAAAACUUGAAACAGCUGCGUCAAUGGCCGGUUUUUGCAAUUCGGAACUUCCGCCUGCCCUUCUUGGCGUAGCAGCGGCUCGUUUUAUCAGCCAGAGUUACCGAUCCCUGGCGACACAAUACCAGACUGUGCUUUAUCAGGGCACCGCUUACGUGGGCCCAACACUCAUUUCAGUCAUACCUAACUACCCUCGCUUCCUCAUCAACAACUCAUCUCCCUCAAUUUCGCUCGUUGAUUGCUUUCACGCUUUUGAUCAUUCAGAGACCUAGCUACUUUCCCUGCCCGACGUGAAAGCAGCACCAAUAAUUAAAGCUCUGGGACCGGCGCAACGAUGACCGAGUCCCGCGGCCGCUCCAUCGAGCGGAUCGACGCUGCACUGGACCCCGACACGGAGCGGACUCCGCUGCUUGCCGGCACACCCACCCCAACAACCACGAUCUCAACCCCAUCACCAUAUUUCGACGACACCAUCAACGACGCCAGUGAAGAUGAAUCUCCACCCGUCGCCCUCCUCCGUCCCCGCGUCAUCAUCAUAUCCCUGGUCUUAAUCUUCCUCAUCGAACUGGGAAUCGGCAUGAUCAUUCCCCCACUCAACGCCGUCAUGGAAAGCAUCAUCUGCAGGCGGAUGCAUCCGGAGGUGUUCUCGCCUCCCCCGCUCGUCCCCGAACUGCCGUCCGCCAAUGUUACGAUGGUUGGGAAGAUACGGCACUUUGCCGGCGGCCUGAUCCUCGCCGACGACCCGGCUUGCAAAGGCCCCGAUGUGCAAGGCUAUCUGGCCAUGCUGCGCGGGUGGGCCAACACGUUUGAGAGCAUCCCCGGUAUCGUUGGGGCUGUGCCGUAUGGGAUUCUGUCGGACCGCUGGGGCCGGAGGCCGUUGAUGGGGCUGUCGCUGGCUGGGAUCGUCUUGUCUUACGUGUUUACUUAUGCCGUUUUGUACUUCUCGGAUGUGGUGCCAUUGUGGGUGACGUGGUUCUCCGCGGCAUUUCAGCUGAUCGGCGGCGGGGGAGCGAUUGUUAUAGCCAUGUUUUACACCACUAUUGCCGAUGUUGUGCCCUCGGAUGAGCGCGCGACCGUCUUUUUCCAGCUCGGCGCCGUGUUCCUCGCCUCGCAGAUGGUCGCUGGACCUCUCGGAGGCGCCAUGCUGGUUUGGAACCCCUGGAUUCCGCUGCUCGUCGCCCUCGCUGUUCUAAUUGUCACCAAUACUGCGGUUUUGGCGUUUCCCGAGACAGUCCAUGUGCAUGAUCGGAAGCGGCCGGAAGAGGAGCAAUCGAGCAACGAGACCGGCACGAUAAACUCGGACAAUUUAUGGCAAAAAGCACGUACCGGCCUCGCUGAGGUGUGGGAUUUCAUUCUCGGCAACACAAGCCUGGCUGUUCUUAUGCUAUCGCUAGUUUUCGUCAUCUUGGGCAGGUUUGCCGGAGAGCUGUUGCUGCAGUAUGCCACGGACCGAUACGGCUGGGGCUGGAGCGUGGCCUCGAUGGUCGUGACGAUACGCAACGCGGCGAGCCUGGUGACGCUCCUUUCCUUGCUGCCGGUGGCCAGCUGGUUCUGUGUCCACCGCCUGGGCAUGGCUGGUGUGGCCAAGGAUCUCUGGCUCUCGCGAUGGUCAGGCAUUUUUUGUAUCGUGGGAAACUUGAUCGUUGCAGGGGCAGUGAAUGGGACGCUCUUCUCGAUUGGGCUCCUCUGGCUCGCCCUUGGAUCGGGCAUGACGUCGCUGAUCAGGUCCCUCAUCAACGCGCAAGUCGAGGAGCAUCACGUCGGCACGGUCAACACACUGAUUGGAUUCAUGGAGAUGGUCGGAAUGACUACGGCUAGCCCUCUUCUGGCGAAGAGUCUCAGCGUUGGGUUAAACCUCGGCGGGGCUUGGAUCGGUCUGCCGUUUGUCACGACCGCGCUGCUCUUCUUGAUUUCGACGACCAUGCUGUGGACGUUCAGGUUGCCGAACGGGCAACAGGCAUUUGUCCAUUCUUCAUGCUGAUUGUCCCGCACUUGGGCGGCAUGGCAGAUCUAUGCCAACAAAGAGACGUGGUGGGCGCAGUAGCCAUGAUCUUUUCCCCAUCAUUUGGCGAUGACGGUGGCGGCUUUGGGGUUGGCUUGGCCUCAGUGUUCGCCCCCCUUGACGCUACCGCAGGGAUGGAAAUCAUGAUUUACAGCUGUGUAUGCAUGUGGCUCUCGGAUUAUUCAGAUUAUCAUAGCGCAUGGAGUCCUGGUCGUAUAGAGGGCGUUCUGGGCGAAGACAGUACACAACAAGGUGAGCUGAGUGUGUUGUACAAGUACAAUCCAUUACCUCCGUACAAUACAUCUGGUUCACCUCCAAAGAUGUC